AUGCGUCUUGAUAGCCAUGGCAAGCUUGCGGUCGUUGAAGUUAUCGUCUAUAUUCCGAUUGGUCUCUUCUGUAUAUAUAACAACAUUCGACAUGGAUUCAGAAGAGACGUUGGCUGGAUAUAUUUGACAAUCUUUAGCAUUGUGAAGAUCGCUGGUUCAGUUAUGACAAUCCAGGUCGAAAAUGGGAAGAAUACGAGCAUGGCUACAACAGCUACUAUUUUAAAUACAGUUGCACUAUCUCCUCUCCUAAAUGCUUCGCUGUGUUUUUUGAAUGUUGGGCUAGAUAAGGCUCGUUCGUUUGCUCGUCAUAUUGCCAUGGCUUUAAAAUUCCUCCAUGUCCUCAUUAUCAUCGGUCUCGUACUUAGUAUUACUGGCGGCAUUAAUCGGACAAAAACCGCUCAAGAUAGCCUAGAUGAUGGCGCACGAGAGCUUCAAUCAGCAUCUAUCGUUUUUGCUCUUGUGUGGAUUCUCAUGGCUAUUGCGUGUCUUGUCUACAUAGCCAACCUUCGUUAUGUUCAAAACACUGCGAAAAGGCUUGUCCUAUCAGUAACAAUAGCUUUGCCAUUUUUACUAGUACGAAUUGUCUACUCUGCGCUAAAUGCGAUCAAUCUGGAUACAAGCUCUUCUCUCGGACACACUACGAAAUUUAAUCCUGUCCUCGGUAGCUGGGGUUUAUACCUUGCGCUUGGAUUAGCCACCGAAUUCGCUGUUGUGGUGCUUUAUACAUUAAGCGGCAUUGUUAACUCAUUCGCUGAAACCUCAGAUACUGCAUUUGGUUAUCAAGGAGUCGCAGCUACUAGGCAUGUAUUUCGCUGAUUUAGAUUGAGUGUUUAGAGUCGUGAAACCUGAAAUGAUAAAUGCGUCAUGGCUACAAGAUGUAGAAGACGACGGUCGACCCAAGUCUUCAAAGUUGUACUUCACGCCAUUAGCAAGGAAUAGUUCCACUAUCUUAACAUCCCUCAGCUCUGGAACGUA